UUGAACUUUUGUACGUUUUCCACACGGUUGGUUAUUAGAGCUUUAGCGAUUUAAAAAAAUAUAUAUAUUGCAAAAACAAAGAAACAACAAAUCCAGAUGAGGUAACAGCAGUCUCUUAUUUUCUUCCAUGCUUAAAACGGGUAAUUUGACAAAUAAGCAACAGGUAUUAACUCAGAUGUAUAUUGUUAUGCCUCAAGGGAAAUGUACUUGUUUGACUUUUUUUGUGAGCAGCUCCGCCCUCUUGUUUGCAUCCGCACAAGUGAAAGUGUGACUACUCUCCUCCUCACUCCGGCACAUUGUCCCCAUUUUUCAUGCACAGAUUUCAGCAUUUAGAUUAAUUCUUUUGUUUUGUGUGUGUGUGUCUUUGCAUGCCCAUCAUGCGCUGUUUUUUGUGUGGAUUAUGUGCUCUAACGGUGCUCAACGUGUCAGCCACUGUGAGCCGCGAGCUCGCCAUCACCCAGAAGCCGCGCUUCUACGGCGUGAGGCCCGGCCGGUUCGUCACAGUCUACUGCGCGACCUCCCACCAGCACCUGCCGGUCGAAGCGCACUGGUACAAGGCCGCCCGGUACAACCAGGACGCCGCUCAGAGACGCCUGCUGGAAGGCGUCGUGACUCGCGACAAAGAUGUCACACUCAAUGCCUUCCUCAUCCUGUACGAUUUGAGCCCCGAAGACAGCGGCAUCUACUUCUGCCGCAUCAACGAAACGUGGGGGCCCGGCACGCAACUGCAAGUGGCCAGGCCCGUCAACCGAGCACAGGCGGUGCACCGCAGCAACAUGAAGGACGCCCUCUUGCUCCUUCAAGGUCUGAUGCUGGCCGUCAUCGUGGCGCUUUUACUUCAACGCAAUCGCAAAAUGUUGAAAUUGAAAAGGAGAGAGAGCAUCUACGAGGAGCCCGAACUCGAGCACAUCUACGAGGGCCUGACCAUCGAGGGGUACGAAGGAGGGGACUUGUACGAGGAGCUGGCGGUGUACGCAGAGGCCGGCAACUGCGCCGAGGCCCCGUGGGAGUGACGUCACACCGACGAUUGUUGCGUGUGCACUAUCCUCGAUGGCCAUGCUAUCGCUUUUAGGCGGACGUUGCGUGUGUUGAAGCUUUUCCCGCUCCUUGUCGCGCGGCAUUGACGUCACGUCCAACGGUAUGUUGCUGUUGCACAUGUUGCCGUUCUUUGCUGUGCUAUGGUAUUUCUUUUACUUGUUUUGAUUAA